GCCUCAUAAUCAGAAUCAAGCGCAGUUGAAGUAUAUGUCCAUCCAUGGCGCUCAAGCGCAAGUCAUCUCCCUGCAUCACCGACGACCUCGCCUCCAAUGACCAGGUCCACGCAUCACCACCGACCCUGGCUACCGCCGCCGGAAGCGUCACGCCAGCAGGGGCGUCGAGGGAGUCGUGGGUGGAGGCCGUGGGCACGGUGGCGGCAGCUCAGCGGGCUCGGAAGCGGUUCGUCGGCGUGCGACAGCGGCCGUCGGGACGGUGGGUGGCGGAGAUCAAAGACACCAUCCAAAAGAUCCGGGUGUGGCUCGGCACCUUCGACACCGCAGAGGAGGCCGCGCGCGCCUACGACGAGGCCGCCUGCCUCCUCCGCGGCUCCAACACCCGCACCAACUUCUGGCCCCGCGCUGCAGGUGCAGCCGCCGUUGUCACGGUCGCGCCCCACCAGACGCCGCUGCCGCCGUCAGCUCUGCCCUCCAAGGUCACCAACCUCCUCCUGCUCCGUCUCAAGAAAGCACGCAGCAGCGGCGGCCGCGGCAACGACCCUAACGCAAGUGCUACGACGCAAGAGGCACUGGUGCAACAACAGCUAGGCCAUCAAGGGCGUGGCGGCCACGAGGAGUUCAGCUUCAAAGUCGACGACUUCCUGAGCUACGACUGCACCGGCGACGAGCACGGCAUCGUGAAGCAUGAGGAGGGAUCCAACUGCUCUCAGGAAACGGAGGACGACAGCGACGAGGAGGUGGUUGGGGAGGAGGAGGCGCCGUUGGACUUUGGGUUCAUGGAUGCGCACCCGUCGCCAGCCAGGGAGGUCAAUGACGCAGGGUUCUACUCGCCCUUCGAGAUGGUGGCAGCGGAGCUCGGUGGCGCGGUGGAGGCUGAACCGGAGCCGGCUGCUUACGGAGAAGGCACGGGCGAGCCAUCGGCUGCGAUCCACGAGGUGAUGAAGAGGAUGAAUUAUGAAAGGAAGAUCUCCGCGUCGCUCUAUGCCCUCAGCGGUGUGACGGAGUGUCUCCGCAUGCGCCACGGCAGCGCCGGCGACGCAGGACACGAGCUGGCCCUCUCCAGCCUGAGGGACGCGUGCAGGAAGAAGCAGCAGCAACAGCAACAAGUAGUAGACGAGGGAGGCAACAACGUUGGCCGUGAGGAGAGCUCGAGCAGUACCAACAGCGUCUCGUCGGAAGUGACGAGCUCUUCGCCGGAAGCAGGGAGCUCUCCGCAGGAGGCGAACGCUUUCGACAGCGACAUGCUUCUCUGGAGCUCCCUUGAUCUGCCUCCUAUCUGCUAAAGUUUAUUCCAUUUGGUAUAGAUUGUUGCUCAGCAUGGUAGUAUUAUAACUUGUAGUAUUAUAGUUUGGCUUCUACAUUCUACAUAUGGUCGCCUUAAGGAAAUCCCCUUUGCCAGCCAUAGUUUGUUUAAGAAACCGUACGUGAAAAUUUAUUUUCAUAAACGGUUACUUAAGA